UGAGGUAUAGUGAUAAGAAAGUUAGGUAUCCAUGACAGCCUUGUUAUUGUUGUCGUGAGGGAUGCUGUAGUUAAUGGCUAUAUUGAUUAUUUUACUGGCGCUGCCUGAAACAUAACCUAUAAUACCAUAAUACUUUUAGGCCGCGUUUUAUUUGAAGUAUUCCACUGCAUUGUAUAUUAAUAGGUCACUUCGUGCACAACUGCGCGGUUUGGUUCUCCCUCUGUUAGCUAACGUUAGCGAAUCUAGUAGCUAGAUUGCUAGCUAAUGUUAACGUUAGCAAGUUCGCUGCAAUUAAGUUCCACAUCAAAGACAACGAAGCUAGCUAGCUAGGUAACGUGCUAGGGUGUACAGGUGUUAUUGAACCGCGGGCGGCUGAAAAUGACAAACCUCUGCCAAAAGGGCAAGUGGGGCCAUGAAUCAGAGGGAAGCACGGUGAGAGAGGACACUCGGGGGGGCAUGAGGCGAUAAAAACGGAGAAAAGGAUGAUUUCGCGAUACACCAGGCGGCCGGUAACGCACAGUCUUGAGAUUCGUGGCUUAUCCCGAAGCCACCUUGACCAUCACCCUCUCCCAGAAGAGGUAGACGAUGACUUCCUCCCCCAGCACCUCCUCCAUGACCUUCAGGAAGCUGUCUCAACUUACAACAGCUCAGAGACGACGUCUGCAGCCUCUAACCGGUCAGACUCUCCAACGGUCACCACUGGAAACACAACGCGGGCCUGGUCUGGGAUCCACAGCUACACAGGGACAGGCAUCUCUACAGAGAGGAGCUCUGUCUUCUCCUGGGGCUAUGAUGAGUUUGACAAGGCGGCUUCGCGACAGGUGCAGCAAAUGUUUGAGGAGAUUGAUGAGGAGCUUUACGAGGGGCGGGGUGGGGCGCAUCUACUGGGGCUGCAAGAUGAGUGUCAUCAGUGGGCAUUCAGGUUCCCUCACUUACGGAUUCUGGGUAGUCAGCUGGUGUGUCCCAGUGACGAGGGCUUUCAGUGGUACGCAAUCUCAGGGAAGGGGACCGGGACACCCGCAGGCACCACUGCAGCUGGACAGAAGGACAGCAGUAGUAGCAAGCCCCAGGAUAAGGACAAGCCCGGCCCCAGCACAGAUCUGUGUGUGCAGGGGAGAAGGGCUGUGCUGUCCAGGCCCUGUGUGGCAGUUGACCACCCCCCUGAUACUCCCAGUGGAUCCAGAGGUCAUGACAGGCCCAAGGUGAUCGAGGCUGAAGGCCUGAUGGAGGAGUACCUGGCCUUUGACAGCAGGGACCUGGAUGAUGAGUGGGAGCAGGGGUGGGUGGGGGCUGGUCGGCGGAGGUACUGCCUGCCUCCUGUGUCUCCCUAUCGCUGUCGCAGACAGGCGGCCCUGGACUUGCUCUUUGACGACGUGUGGCGAGAGCUGGUUGGCUGGAUGGAGGAGCUGGUCCGCAGGCAUUGGGAGGGCUAUGUCUCAGAUGAUGAGAAGACUGCAGUGAACUUCAGCCCAUCACAGUCUGAUGCUGAGAAUCCUUUCCUGCUUCUGUCCACACAUCCCACCCUUCUCCCCAGGCUAGGCCAGAUCAGGGUGCCCCAGCUAACAGGCAGCCUGCAACCCCAGACCACAAAAUCAAGGGUCUCAAAGCACAAGUCCAGACGGAAAUCCAAAAAGCAGAAAAAGCCAUCCACUGUAUGUAACUCUCACCCAGAGCCAAAAUGGCGCCGAUCGACGCCAUCCACAGCGUCCAGUCGGGUACCAGUAGGGGCAGCGGUGACGCAUCACAACCUCAACGACCUCAUAGUGAUCCACGGCAUCCCCCUGCAGCAGAGGAACCUGGGCGUGAUGGAGAGAGCUCAGGAUCCUGAGGAGAGGGUGGUGGUGACCCAUCGGCCAGGGUCCAGUGUGAUUCCGUCCAGCAAGCCCCGUCCUCGCCGGGUGCUAGAGCAGAGCUCCUCCUCCCUGUCCCGUCCGCCCCAGUCGGCGCUACGCCGUAACCCCCCCCCACGCACCCUUCUGCCCUUGGUUCCCUGCCUGACACAGUUCAGUGCCGCCGGCUCCAUGGAGGAGGUCAUCCGUGGGACACGCCUACCCACAGCCAGUGACCGCCUGGCCUCGCCUCUGAUACCUCUGAGCAGGAACACACUCCUUCCCCCCAUCGGGACAGAAGAAGCUGAACCCACGCACUCUGGACAGCACUUCAGACCUACUCAGCGGCAUAGAGGCUUGUCCAGUCGUGCCCAUAGUGCUGUUACAGAUGAAGCUGGUUGUUUGCUUCCUCGGGAUCGGCUUCAUCAAUUGGACGUAUUCUCCCGUCCCAACACCACCCACACCUACAGGUCAGACACCCCUUACCGCCGCUCCUUCACGGUGCUGGACAACAUUGGACAGGGGCGUCCUGGCAGAGAAUCUUUGGGUACAGACUCUUUGGGCAUCGGAGUGAUGGGCAUCAGUCUGGGCAUCAGUCUGGGUAUCAGCAGUUCCUCCUUCCUGGACUCCUUCAUCCACCACCCUCUGGGCCACUCCCCCAUCAAGGAUGAGGAGGAGCCUGACACACAAGCCCCUCCCCCAGCUGUACUGGUGCCUGUGUCAGUCCCAGCACGCUCCUACAGCCGGGGGGGCUUCACAUCCCGCAGUAGCAGACCUGGGUUAGCCCUAUUUUUGUAUGUUGGAACUCUGCUUACCUGGCUGCCAAAGACAGUAACCCGUCUCAUUAAACCUAUCUGUAUGUAUGUUGGUAUGUAUAUUGUUUAUGUUCUCUGAUCUCUAUACUCUUAAAUUCUUCUAUGCAGGGAAUGAGUCGUUCUAUGAAAAUGGUGGCUUUUUGACCAGCCAAUAAAAAGUUUUUACAAAUUAGUCAAUAGUUAAUGCUGUAACAAUGUUAAUGAAAAUAAAUGACAGCAUAUUAUUUUUUGUAUAUUACAUUAAAAUGCUUGUGUUGCCUUUGUCACCGGUGUUCCCUAUAUUUUAAUGACAAUUAAGGCUUUCCAGAAUGUAAUUUGAGUAUUUACUUUACAUAUAUAAUCCAAGAUGAAAAAGGUUAAUGAUAAUAUAUAAAUUAUUUAAACAAAACAUAUUCUUCUAUAACACCAGUGACAAACCUUCAGACUGUUCUAAUAAAAACAGCAGGAACAUUAACCAGUGAAAAAAAUCUGCAGAAAAUAUAGAAUAUCUAAGAUGGUGGCCACAGUAGCUCAAACCACACUUCUUAAAUUGUGAAUAAAUGACUUAAUCAUG